CCAGCAGGCGUUGGGGAGGGGUGGGGGGAUAGCGGCAGCAGCAGCCCCAGCCCUCAGAGAUACAGCAGGAAGGGAGGGAGGGAGCUGGGGGGACAACCCCCCACCAUUCCUACCGCUAUGGGCCCAGCCUCCCACUCUCACCUCCCCUCCAUCGGCCGGGGCUAGGACACCCCCAAAUCCUGUCGCCCCCUUGGCACCGACACCCCGACUGAGGCAGAGACACAGCCACCCGCCACCACCGCUGCGGCAGACUGGCUGGGGAGGGGGCCAGCCCCCCAGGCUCCCCACCCCACUGAGGUGACCAGAAUGGAGCUGUGGCCAGGGGCAUGGACUGUACUGCUGCUGCUCUUCCUGCUGCUACUCUUCCUGCUGCCCACCCUGUGGUUCUGCAGCCCCAGUGCCAAGUACUUCUUCAAGAUGGCCUUCUACAAUGGCUGGAUCCUCUUCCUGGCUGUGCUCGCCAUCCCCGUGUGUGCCGUGCGAGGACGCAAUGUCGAGAACAUGAAGAUCUUGCGUCUGAUGCUGCUCCACAUCAAAUACCUGUACGGGAUCCGAGUGGAGGUGCGAGGGGCUCAGCACUUCCCUCCCUCACAGCCCUACGUCGUCGUCUCCAACCACCAGAGCUCCCUUGACCUGCUUGGGAUGAUGGAGGUACUGCCAGGCCGCUGUGUGCCUAUUGCCAAGCGUGAACUACUGUGGGCCGGCUCUGCCGGGCUGGCCUGCUGGCUGGCUGGAGUCAUCUUCAUUGACCGGAAGCGCACUGGGGAUGCCAUCAGUGUCAUGUCUGAGGUCGCCCAGACCCUGCUCACCCAGGACGUGCGGGUUUGGGUUUUUCCUGAGGGUACAAGAAACCACAACGGCUCCAUGCUGCCCUUCAAACGUGGCGCCUUUCACCUCGCAGUGCAGGCCCAGGUUCCCAUUGUCCCCAUAGUCAUGUCCUCUUAUCAAGACUUCUACUGCAAGAAGGAGCGCCGCUUCACUUCAGGGCGAUGUCAGGUCCGGGUGCUGCCCCCAGUGCCCACAGAAGGGCUGACAUCAGACGACGUCCCAGCUCUGGCUGACAGAGUCCGGCACUCCAUGCUCACCAUUUUCCGGGAAAUCUCCAGUGAUGGCAAGGGUGGUGGUGACUACCUGAAGAAGCCCGGAGGAGCACGCGAGGCCGGGCUCUGAGCGCCCCUCCCACCUCCCGCGCCUUCCUCCACACACCUACACGCCCAGUGGGUCCUGACACAGGGCCAAGCCCUCUUCCUCAUUUCCCCUCUCCCCACUAGGCCUCCUCUUUGGAAUCUUCAGCUUCUGAAGUGGAUGUCCCUGCCCCUCCCCAGCUCCCCACAUGGACUCUCUUGCCUCCAUGCAGUCCCCACUCUGACCCUUACCCACCUCCUGUGCCAUCGUGUCUGUGGGACAGUUGCCUCCCCCUCAUCUCCAGUGGCUCAGCCUACACAAGGGUGGAGCACUCCAUCCUGUCCCCAGUGGACCUUCUUCCUUUGUGGUCUUCUCUCCCCCUUCACCCCACAUUGGCCAGUGGACUCAUCCAUUCUGUGGAACAAUUCCCCACCCCCGCCCCCAGGUCCAUGGAUUCAGUGGACUCAUCCGUUUGUGGGGUGGAGGACUCGUGCUGUGGCUGGAAGCCCUGCCUGGAACACUCCUCCCAGGCUCUUCCUGGGAACACUUCUCAGCACCUUCACGCUCCCUCCCAUGGAGCCUCCUGUCAGUGGAGGCUGGACUCUUCUCACCCAAAGGUCUCCUCCCUGCCCGUGCCCAGGACUGAGCACACUCCUGGAUGCCAGUUUGGUCUUCACAUUUCCGCUUCCCUGUCCCUGUCGUGCAGUUCCGUGGCCCUGACCCUACCCAUCCCCCUGCAGCCCUGUCGUACCAGUCUAACCGGACACAGGGGGAAGAGGCAGACAUUAGGCGCUGCACUCAUUGCUCCCUGAGGACUUGGGGGAAGGAGCUGAACGCUGGAGAGCAUGGGAGGGCUUUUUAAUUUAUUUCUCUUUCUUUUGAGGCUUCCUCCCUCUGAGCCAGUUUUCAUUUCCUCCCUGUGGCAUUAGCCACUCUCUGCCUCCCAUCCCAGACCUGUGCCCACAACAGGGAGGUGGGCUGGGAGCAAAAGGAGAGGGUGGGAUUCAGUUUUGCGUGGCUGGUUUUUAUUAAUUAUCUGGAUAACAGCAAGGCCCCGAGAAUAAAAAUUGAGAGAGAGAUCUGCAAA